UUGCCUCUGCCUCUUCCCACUUUUUCGAACAGGCUCUGCCAGUUUGUGCUUUGUGAAAACAGCUACUUGUCUCUUACGCAGUGGCUGGACCACCUGCGAGAUCUGCCAACGCUGUUGCGCCAUGCGGGCUCCGAGUUCUUCUCUGUGGGCGGCAUCAUGUACAUGUUCCGACUGCGCAUCGUGCUCUGCUUCGUGGCCGCCAUCAUGUACCUCAUCUCGCCACUGGACAUGAUUCCGGAGGCGAUCUUCGGCAUCCUUGGUCUGCUGGAUGACCUCUUUGUAGUGCUGCUUCUAGCCAUCUACGUUACCGUCAUCUAUCGGCGCUUCCUGGCUGCACGGUGGCAAGAGGAUGCGAACUGAACCAGACUGAUGACCGUGCUGGUGUGUGCUCGUACUGUGGCAAUGGUUCUGUACUGUGGUUUGGCCCAAGGUUCAGCCUUGCUUCUGCAAAGCCAGCCACCUCGUGUGUGCGUGUGGAUACAUGUGCUUUACUUUCCAAGGAAAUUGCAACAGCCCGGACACAUUUUAUCGAUGAAGUUACGACAGCACGCUCUUAGUGUUUUCGGGGAUGUCCCCUUUUAUAGCGAAAUUGCGCCUUGACAAUUUUAUGCUGCAGGCAUUGUAAAUUAUGCGAUGCUGCAGAAAAACUGCUCUGUAUCUGCUCUCGGUUAUAGACCGAGCACCUUGCUUUCUUGUAGCAGCAUUCAGGAGCUCAUUCACCCGGCAGUGAUCAGAUUGCCCUUUGUGUGAUACUGAUUUACUUGGACAGGGUAUCAUGCAGUGUUGACAGGCUACACACAUAUAUGCAGGACAUGCAGGCUCUGUUAUAGGCUCGACAUUCUGUAAAGGCCCAUUCAAUGAGCUGAAAUGUUGCGAGCGUGGCACUUACUGUUUGUUACAAAAUAA